AUGAAGUCUGCAUUGUAUUUGUGUUUGUUACUUCUUGGACUUCAAGUCCAGGGUCAACAUGGAUCCAAUCUCGAUGAACAGCAGGAACAAAAAAUACCCCAUUCCCCAGAAGACCAUUUCCAGGCUGAAGGUGAAAAUUUGGCUCAUGUCAAGAUAGCCGCCAGCAAUGCUGACUUUGCAUUUAGGUUUUACAAGCAGGUCAGAGAGGAGGUGGGCAACAAGAACAUUUUCUUCUCUCCUUUGAGCAUCUCCACUGCCUUUGCAAUGCUCUCCCUGGGGGCCAGAUCGAACACGCUCAGUCAGCUGCACAAGGGCCUCGCCUUCAACCUGACAGAGAUAGAGGAGCAGGAGAUCCAUGAGGGAUUUCAGCGUCUCCUCCAACUGCUGAACGACCCUCACCGGGAAGUCCAGUUGAGCAUGGGCAAUGCCCUGUUCAUAGACGAUCGACUGAAACUGCUCCAAAAAUUUUUGGAUGAUGUCACAAAUUUGUAUUAUUCUGAAGCUAUUUCUAGUAACUUCCAGAAUCCUCCAGAGGCUACAAAGGAAAUCAAUAACUACAUAGAAACAAAAACCCAUGGGAAAAUAGUUGAUUUACUCAAGAGUCUUGAUUCAGGCACCGUGAUGGUGCUGGUUAACUACAUUUUCUUUAAAGGCUACUGGGAAAGACCUUUCAACAAUUUGGCCACCAGAGACGAUGACUUCUUGUUGGAUGCCAAGAAUUCUGUUAAGGUCAAAAUGAUGCAUCAAAACAAAGACUUUAAUAUCCAUAGGGAUGAGAAGUUGUCUUGCUGGGUAGUAGAAAUCCCAUACAAAGGAAAUGCUUCUGCAUUGUUUAUUCUGCCUGAUGAAGGGACAAUGAAGCAGGUGGAGGAUGCUCUGCUAAAAGAAACAGUGUCUAACUGGAUGCAAUCACUUGAAAAAAGAAAAAUCUACCUGGACCUUCCAAAAUUCUCCAUCUCUGGCUCCUAUGAUGUUAAGAGCCUGUUUGAGAAAAUGGGUGUGACAGAGGUGUUCAGCAACCAGGCUGAUCUCUCUGGAGUGGCAGAAAAAACUCCUCUGAAGGCUUCCAAAGCAAUUCACAAGGCCAUGGUGGAUGUUAGUGAGAACGGCACAGAGGCUGCUGCAGUGACCAUGAUAGAAUUGGUACCAUUGUCUGCACCAUUUCCUCUUCCUCCUCACAUCAAAUUCAACAGGCCCUUCCUGAUGAUAAUUGUUGACAAAACCACCCACGGCAUCCUCUUCAUGGGGAAAAUUGUGAACCCAGCUGCCAAGGAAGACUAG